AUGGCUGAUCAGCAACCCCAAGCCACAUCAAUGAGAAAUUUGGAGCGCCAAGUGGGACAACUUGCCAGUGCCCAAAAUACUAGACCAGUUGGAGCUCUUCCAAGUGGCACUGAAGCUAAUCCUAAGGCAUCCAUUAAUGUCGUUUCAUUGAGGAAUGGGAGACAAUUAGAAGAAGUCCAGUCGAAAAAGAGAAAACAUGUGACUUUUUAUAAGAGGGCAGCCACUAUAGAGUCAGAAUCAGAAAAAUCAAAGGAAUCUAAGAAGCCAGCUGAAGAGGCGGUGGCUAAGAAACCUCCACCAUUGGUUGCGAGGCCACCACAUCCUUUCCCUCAAAGAUUGCAGAAAGUGAAGGAUAAUGCCGCAUAUAAAAAGUUUCUUGAUAGUUUGAAGCAGGUGCAAAUUAAUAUUCCUUUGGUAGACAUCUUGCAAGAAGUGCCCAAAUAUGCAAAAUACAUCAAGGACAUAGUGGCAAAUAAAAGGAGGUUGAUUGAGUUCGAGACUAUGGCACUCACUGAGGAAUGUAGCUCAAGAAUUCAAAGCAAUCUACCUCAGAAAUUGAAGGAUCCGGGUAGUUUCACUAUCCAAAUCUCAUUGUUGGGGUUGGAUGAGCCACGCCCAACAACGGUAAUCUUACAGUUGGCUGAUCGCUUCCUUGCUUAUCCUGAAGGAGAAGUCCCAUUUAUUUUAGGGCAUCCAUUUUUAGCCACGGUUCGAGCUAUUAUUGAUAUUUACGAAGGAAAGAUGACGAUAAGAGUAGGCGAUCAAGUGGAGGUAUUCAAUGUAUAUAAAGAACUCAGAUUGCCAGCCCACUAUGAAGAGCUAUCCAUGAUUUCUGUGGUGGAAAGUGAUGCUACAUCAUUAGUGCCUUAA